UUGCUUCGUGGCCUGGCAACCAGAAGAGGCUUUACUAAACAGACCCUACCAGCAAGAAUCAGGGCUAGCUACAACUGCUAGCUUUUUACGUUGUCUGGAGAGAUUAAAGCGUCCAAAUAUCAUCAUGUCUUCAAGAACUCUGCCUCUGCUAUUCAUCAACCUCGGUGGGGAAAUGCUGUACAUCCUGGACCAGCGGCUUCGCGCCCAGAAUAUCCCUGCUGACAAAGCUAAGAAAGUUAUGAAUGACAUCAUCAGCACCAUGUUCAACAAAAAGUUCCUAGAAGAGCUUUUCAAGCCACAGGAGCUUUACUCCAAAAAGGCCCUGCGGACUGUGUUCGACCGGCUCGCCCAUGCCUCAAUAAUGAGACUCAAUCAAGCUAGCAUGGACAAGCUCUAUGACUUGAUGACCAUGGCUUUCAAGUACCAGGUGCUCCUCUGUCCCCGACCUAAGGACAUCCUCCUCGUAUCCUUCAACCACAUGGAUGCCAUCAAAGACUUUGUGAAAGACAUUCCCUGCAUUCUCACCCAGGUUGAUGAGACGUACCAACAGCUUAUACAGAUCUACACAACCUUGUCUAGUGGGGAAUUCCAGCUGAUCAGACAAACUCUCCUUAUCUUCUUCCAAGACAUGCAUAUAAGAGUUUCUAUUUUCCUGAAGGAUAAAGUGCAGAACUCCAACGGUCGCUUUGUGCUUCCCACCAGUGGUCCUGUGCCCUAUGGAACACAAGUCCCUGGCUUGAUAAGGAUGUUUAGCUGUAACGGUAAAGAAGCGUCCAGGCUGCAGUUCAGUAACGGAGGAAACUAUACUGCUGCUAUUCGGGAGGGAUCAUUCGAUAUAUUUGGAGACAGGGUCACCAAACUAGGAACAAACAUGUACAGUGUAAGUCGCCCAGUGGAAACCCUCAUAUCAGGAACGUCUAAAAACUCUGCUCAGCACGCUAAGGUCAACACAGCUCCCAACCCUCUGGCCAAAGAGGAGCUGAAUCUGUUGGCCAGGUUAAUGGGAGGGUUAGAAGUUCAGAAACCAGGAAAUGCAGACAACGGCUUCAGAGUCAACCUCUUCGCCACAGACGAGGAAGAAGAAGAGGCCUUAAUAUCAAGACCAGAUGAGCUUUCAUAUGGAGUCAUAAAGAUCCAAGCAACACAGGACCAGCAAGCCAGUGCAGAGCUGGCCAAGAUCAUGGGGGAGUUCACAGAGUCUGGAGAUCAAUCUCCUAGUGUCAGCAGCAAAGGAGACGAUCUUCUGGCCAUGAUGGACGGGCUGUGAUGCGGUCAUCCUGUCAGCAAUGCUCAGGGGCUGAGGCGCAAUGAGUCGUCAACAGUCUUUACUGUGGACAAGACUUCUGUCUGUACCUGCAUGCUGUUUACACUGCAGCAACAUCACAUGCAGCGAGAAAAAACAUCAUUUUUGGGGUGAUUUUAAAGUGCAGAUGUCAGCAGGUGUUUCCAUUGGUCAUCAAAUGACCAACUGCAAAUUUGCCUAGUAAACGGCAAUGAAUGUGGGCCAGGCUUUAAGCUCUAAAACACUGUAUUACUUAUUACUGUAUUAGUAUGUUUGUUGUACACUGAGUAAGUUUCUGUGCAUCACAAUUUACAGUGGGCUAAUAUCAGCGUGUUGAACGUGUGUAUGAGGUAAUAGCAAAACCAAUUUUUGUCUAAUGUCAUGAUGCGUUUUAGAAAUCAGAGUCAGACUGCGCUACACAAAACACAUUUCUUUUAAUUCAAGCAAUGUAAUUUAUCUUAAAUGUUAUUGCCUCUCAGAUUUAGUUGAUUUGGGAGUGUUUAUGCUAUUGAAACAACAAGUAAAUAAGGUAUUAUGUGAUGGUUGUAGGGUUGUCAGAGGAAACCUAAGUGCUCUUUAUACUGUGACUCAGUUCCCUCAACUCUUUGUUUUGGUAAAAAUGAUUUAUCAUGAAUGGCACUGUACUACCAGUGUGAGAGGAGCAACUUGAUAAACACUCUACCUUGUAAUAUCCCUCGAGUGGAGUCUGGAAAUGUGCUCAUUAGUAUAAUAUAGAGUAGUACAAUAUAUGUAAUGAUUUAAUAUGUAAAUAUGUUUGUUCCAUACUUUAUUUAUUUGAAUGUAUAAUUUUAUAAAAAGUAAGAGAAUGCAUAUUACCACUAUAUUGUUGUAUGUGCGAUAUAUGUUUUUUAAUAAAUAGGUGGCAAAAAUGAACAA